AUUAUAUUCACUCGGUACCCUUUAUCGCUCUUCACAGAAACCCUCUCUCUUCCCCACCAAAAGGUGCGUUUUUGAUCCGAACUCCCAUCUCUCUCACACCUGGCUUGAACACCCUUUACACCACAUACGAGCUUCUUCAAAGAAAACCCCAUAAACAUAAAUGGAUGUCAACAGAAAAAUCAUAUAAAAAACCGCCGAAACAUUGCGCAGUAAUGUUGAGAAAGACUCAUAAAUCUUGGAGCUCGUUGUAGAUCUCUGUUUUUCCCUUGAACCCUUUUCAUCCUGGUCUUAACUGCCGCUUUUUCCUUUCCCUUUGAAGCUCAUUUCGGAUUGUUUGUCUCUGCCGCAUGCAAGUAAUGCAUUUCUUUUUAAUCUUAUUAUUCCCAGAGCUUCCUUUUUGUUAGUGCUGUGUUUAUUUGUGGGUGAUAGCGAGGUUUUUGACGGUUUUUAUGACUGUGGAUUGUGUUUCAAAAUGAACAGCUGAGGGUUCAUUCGAGGAAUUUUCCCCUGGUCUUUGGGUUCUGGGGGUUUUGGAGAUGGGGAGUUCUGGUGAGGCCAAGGGUAUCGAUUCAUCGGUUGGAGGGUUAGUUUGGGUCCGCCGCCGAAAUGGGUCGUGGUGGCCGGGCAAGAUUUUGGGCCUCCAUGAAUUGUCGGAGAGUUGUUUGGUUUCUCCGAGAUCCGGUACGCCGGUGAAACUUCUAGGUCGCGAAGACGCAAGCAUUGACUGGUACAAUCUUGAGAAAUCUAAGAGGGUGAAGGCGUUUCGAUGUGGGGAAUAUGAUGAAUGCAUUGAAAAGGCAAAGGCUUCUGCAGCGAACUCUUGUAAGAAGGCUGUGAAAUACGCCCGGAGGGAAGAUGCAAUUUUACAUGCUCUUGAGCUUGAGAAUGCCCUUCUAGGUGAGGACCAGUUGGAAUUUAGCUAUAGGACUCAGAAAAGUGCGUCAGAUGGCGAGCAUGCUGUCUUAGCUAGUGAAUCUCCUCUUGUGUCGGAUUCUUGUGAAGAAGAAGAAGGAGAAGAAGUAGAGGAGGAGGAGGAGGAAGAAGAAGAAGAACAAGAACAAGAACAAGAACAAGAAGCCAUCAUGUCGGAUGAUGUUAGUAAUUCUGAAGACACUUGUUCAAAGAAAAGUAAUUCUGAAAUGAGUUCUUAUUCAGCCCCUGAAAUUUCUCAUUCAGACAUUCCUUUGGAAGAGACUAAUCAUGCCAGUUCUUCGAAGGUGCUAUCUGAACAUUAUAGGAGGAGAACGCCGAAUGAUUCAGAGGAUGAUGGAACCGUUAAGCGUAUGAGAGGACUUGAAGAUUUGGGUAUCGGUUCAUUGGCAAAUGGGAAAGCCCACUCAGGAGACCAACCUGAAAUAGUUCAACAAGAGGUUGCUUCUCCUCGUGACGUGAAUGCCGGGAAUUGUGUGACUAAUGGAAAUCCCCCAAAGAUUAUUCAUAUGUAUUCAUCGUCAUUGAGAAGAAAAAGAUCUCCGGUGCCAACUGUACAGGAAUUCUUGAAAAGGAAAAAUCGCCAUCGACCGUUGACAAAGGUUUUGGAGAGUACAGCAAUGGUAUCUGUUCCUGUGACUUGUGAUCAACUUCCUAAUACAUGCAGUUCGCUCGCACGAGGGACAUCUGAUGGUAAACCGGCUGAAUUAGAUAUUGAGAAAAAGAGAAGUAAUUCUUCGGUGACUAUCAAUAGUUCCGAUGGCGAUGGCAUAGUUUCUCGUGACAAUGAAGCCUCAUUAAGUGCUUUGGAAGUAUCUCGGAUAAAUUCCGAGGCAAAGGAAAAUGAAGUCUCCAGUAUAUCGGAGCUCCCUCAAAAUAACACUUCCGAUAAGCUAUUUGACGUGCCAUUUGUUGGAGAGGAGAAGAACGCUGCUGGUUUUUCUCCUACGAAUCCCUCUUCUUCAUCCGGUAGAUCUAAGGUUGGUACCUUAGGAAGGCAGUCGAGUCGAAACAGUCCAGUAUCUUUGGAAAAUGAGGCAACGAAGGAACCCAGUUCUACGACUUCAGGUGCCGUUCGUAACGAUAAUAUUAACCAAAAGAUCGAGAGAGGUACUUCAAGGUGGCAGAUAAAAGGAAAGAGGAAGUCAAGGCAUUUAAGUAACUACAGAAAACAAGAUUCAAUAAACUCCUUGGAUGUGGAAGAUGCAUCGGAUUCUUGCUUGGCAGGUAAAGUAGAUUGCAACAGCUUUGGUCGAUCCCCAUCGGCAAAUGAUCGUAGCCUACUCGAGUGGGGUAAACAAAUACCUAACAGGAAGCCUCAUGCAAGCGAACUGAAAACUGAGGUGAACCCGUUGCUUGACGACUCUCUGAUACCUCAAAAGUUGCUUCCUUAUCGCCCGUCCCGCUUUACUGUCCAUUCUCGAUAUCAGAUGCCAGAAUAUUACGUUAGAAACUACGGAGCGAAUUCAUUAUUAUAUGAUGUUGAGCUUGAGGUGAAAGCGAGCUAUAGGCCUCAGCAUGUUCCAUUGGUAUCUCUGAUGAGUAAAUUGAAUGGUAAAGCCAUAGUUGGCCAUCCUCUCACUGUAGAAGUUAUGGAAGACGGGCACUGCGAUUCGUUGUUGAGCCGAGCAGAUAGUGAACCAGAAGGCGGCUAUAACCGUUGCGCAGUCAAGCACAUCACAUCUACUAGAACUCUAGCCAAACAGUCAAAACAAUCACCAUCCCAACCUUGUUUCUCACCGAGCAAAUCGCCGAGAAUGAAAAAAACGGGGCAUUUAUGUAAAAAGAUCCGCAAACUAUCGUCGCUGACUGGUAACCGACACCAAAAUCAGCCGAAACGAUUGGUGCAGAAGUCAAACGAUCAUGUCAUCAGUUGCAUCCCCCUUAAAGUAGUAUUCAGUCGGAUAAACGAAGCAGUGAGCGGUAUAGGUCGACCAUCACAGCAUGCGUUAACAGAAGGCAUCCCAUGAGACGGGUUUGUUCUUUGAUAGCUUUGCUUGAAUUAUCUGAUUUAGAGUUUGUGGUAUGCAUACAGCAGUAUUCAACAUUAAGUUAGAUUGAUAGCAUCAACUGUACAAGUUCUUUGAUAUUUUGAUAUUAUUGUAGAGAGGAAGCGGUAGGAGGAGAGGAGUAGGAAGCUUGGUUUCUGAUAGGGUUGUAUAUAAUGUAAAACUAGCGGCGGCAGAGUUGUAAAGAUGGUGUUUGGAAUCAUCUGGUAUUUGGUAUUAUUAGUUACUUUUUCUUAGUUCAAGAGUUAAUAACUUCCAA